GUACAUUGAGUCAGUACGCAUUUCAAAUCAAUGCGUUCCUCAGUUUUGAAGGAUCUUCUAGGAAAAUUAAACGGGGUUGACUAUGUUAUUCUAGAAUCUGUUGCGUUUGAAAAAUUUAGUUCAUGUCUAUUGUGUUCUGGUGUAAAAAACGUAUUUCCUAUUUAUGACGUCACUGAGGAGUUAGUCAACAAAACCUUCAUUUUCAUCGUAUCCUCUCCAUUUACGAAUUCGCUUCUUGAACAGAUUACAUCUGUUGUGUUUGACAAUGGAAAGCGUUCAGGUUCUUUUAUAUUGUCCACUAUAGAAGCUACUGGGAAUUGUGAGCUUUUCAAGUUACCACAUUUGAGCGAAUAUCCGGAGUAUGAAGUGCAGUAUUUGUCUAAAGACAACAAACUGCUUACUUGCAAAAUAGAGUUCAUUUUUAGUACUCCGCGAGAAGCUUUCAAAAAUUUGUUUGUCCUUCCAAAAGCGCAUGCUUUACUUCCCGGUUUGGAAAAUCACUGUGCCGCGUUUUAUGAAAUCAACAGCAUCUUCUGGUCCUUGAAGAUUGUCGAAGAAGUUUAUUCAUUUGGACAGACUAGUAGUAAAGUUGCUGCACUGUUUGCUGAUUUUCCUGCUGCAGUAAACAGAAAAAAAUCUCUUCAUAAUAGUGCUGAAAAAUGCACAGCUUCAGUUAUUUUCAUUGAUGAAUCAAUUAUUUGUGACCCGAUUGCAUGUUUAGAGCCGUAUACAAGAUCAAAUCAUUUAUUAGAUACCAUUUUCGCUGAAUUAUCUCCUGACGGUCACCAAAUCAAUGUAUCUUGGGAACAAUUAUCCAUGUGCCCAUCUGAAAAUAAAAGCCACGGAAAAAUGGUAUCACAUGACCUGUGUACGGAUUUAUUGCAGUCAAUGGAUGUAUCUGUAAAUCCCUUGCUUGAUGAUUACUUCAUGUUAAAAGAGCAUGCAUCACUCUCUAAAAUCCAACAAAACUUACUACAUAUCUCGGAGUUGAUACUCUAUGAGUUACCUGAAUUAUCUGAACCACCAAGAACCAAGGCGAAAUGGGCCGAUCUGUUACGAAGUCAAAUUAAGGAAUUAUUCAUACCAAUUUGUAAAUCAGGUCGUUUCGACCUUCUAAAUCAUAUUCAGUUAACAUUGGCUGUAAUUAAUACAUUCGAUUCAAUUACAAGUCGCAACCGAUAUCAUCAUCAUGUUCACGAUGAUAUGAUUAGUUUGGAGAAAUUAUUGGUGAAGUUUGAACGUUCUUUAUUGGUUGCCAGUCAGGCUGAUGCUAAACUUAUUCAACAACUUCAAAAACCAACACAUUGUGAACCGAUUCUAUUAAAUGCUUACAAAGAAGCUAUAAAAUUACCAAGUCUUGAUGAAAUGUUUCUCUUCGUAAUACACACAAUAAGCUUAGUACCUAUUCAUUCACCUCUCUCAGAAUCAAUUUGGUCAGCUAUUCGAGAACUUUUUACAGCUGGCCGAUCAAAGACUGCUGAAACUUCUUUGCAUCAAAGAGUUCCAGGUGGUUUAAUUCCUCAAUGCUUAUCACUAAAUAAUCUUGUUCAAAAUAUAAAAUCAUUUCGUCAGAAACGAGCUCAAUUGCCUAGUUAUAACAACUUAGUAGGUGUAUCACAAGCUCGAUAUCAACCGUCAUUGGUACAAAUGAUGAAAGAUUUGGUAUCAGCUCGAGAAAAUCCUUCGGAAGCCAGUCCUGCAUUAAACGGGAUAGUUCGUAAGCCGUGCACAUCUUUAUCGAGCAAUUGGUUAGGAGAAUUAAGUCGAUUCAUUCGCAUUCCCGGUGGUAGCGGAAGCGUCGGGGAAAAUGAAAAGCAUUCUCUGUACAAAUCUGAUUAUAUUAUUCUUGUACCAUUGGGUAGUGGUAGUUUACCUAUUGGAUUAUGUCGUGAAAUAUUUGAAAUUAUUACACCAUCCCAUUCAAUGAUAAAUAAUAAGCCCCCUUCAAUGUUCAAAGUAAGUAAGACUGUGUUUUUCAAAGUGUUAUUCACAAUUAAAAAAUUAUGAAUAGAUUGUUAAGCAACAUAUCAUGAUAAAUGGAAUUACAAAAAAUCCCAAAUUAUUAAUAUUGGUGUAUACAAACUACCUGAUUGGGUCGAGGUCCGUGCAAUUACCACAAUCAGUGGUUAGAGACUUCGAGUGACUUAAUUCGCUAAAAAUCAUUACUAGUGGCUUCAGUGGUGGCCAAGGUGGAUUAUCAAGUCUUCUACCCAUGGAUAUGUAAUAAUAUUAAAUAUUAUUAUUAUACAUUUUCAACUUGUCAUUAUUAUUUCUUUGGCACAUCUACCUACUAUUUUUGUUGGAGGAAGGUUUCCUCUGGGUGUGUACACUUUUUACUUUGCCUCAAAUAUGUCUAUAUUUCUUUAAUUUGUCGAUCUUUUGAAUAAUUUGUUGUUUUGUGUAUACAAUUAAUUUACAAAAGAAGUGACAAUGAUAAUGAUAUUAAUAUACCUGUUUUAUUUGCCUUUUAUUUUGCUAAUGAGAAUAAUUAAAACUACAAUAUUUUCUUUUC